AUGAGCCCGAGCUCCAGCACCACCUCGCCCCUCCAUUACAACCCAUUCCAGCUGUUCAUGCAGCUGAAGCAGGCGGAGAAUCUCCGCAAUUCCGAGAACCUGUUCAACCGCGCCCCGGCGACCAACAUUUUCCCGGUGCCGGCGUUCGAUCAGCUCCGCCUCCUGCAACAGGUGGGCUUCAUGAAUCUGGCCAAGACCAUGCUGAUGAGUCAGCAGAAGCCCGCGAAUUCGGCGGAGGUUUUGGAGCUGAAAAUUGGGAACAGAACAUUGAAAUUGAAACGAACUGAGGAUGUGGAAGGUAAAUAAAAAAAAUUUUGAAAAAAUUUUUGUUAAAUACUAACAUCAGCACUUUCACAAAGUGCAUGGACAUUUUUUCGCUUUCGCACAGUGCAUUUUGAACUUUUUCCCACGCUUGUCGCCGACGCACAGUGCAUUUUUUCUUUUCGCACCUUGCAAGCCACAAAAAAGCCGUUUGCACUGUGAAUUUUCAAUUUUUUCCCACGCUUGUCGCCGACGCACAGUGCAUUUUUCUCUUUUCGCACUGUGCAAGCCACAAAAAAGCCGUUUGCACUGUGCAUUUUGAACUUUUUCCCACGCUUGUCGCCAACGCACAGUGCGCUUUUCUCUUUUCGCACAGGGCACAGUGCAAAUUGUCGCGGCCCGCACCGUGCAGAAAACCCCCAAUUUUUCCGCACCGUGCAUUUCACCUUUUUUCUGUCGCACUGUGCAUUUUGAACUUUUUCCCACGCUUGUCGCCGACGCACAGUGCAUUUUUUUCUUUUCGCACUGUGCAAGCCACAAAAAAACCGUUUGCACUGUGCAUUUCCACCUUUUUUCCACGCUUGUCGCCAACGCACGGUGCAAACUUGAAAAUAGCCGUUUGCACUGUGCAUUUUGAACUUUUUCCCACGCUUGUCGCUAACGCACAGUACAUUUUUCCUCUUUUCGCACAGUGCAAAUUGCCGCGACCCGCACGGUGCACAAAAAUCGCCGAUUUUUUCGCACCGUGCAUUUCACUUUUUUUCUGUCGCACAGUGCAUUUUGAACUUUUUUCCCACGCUUGCCGCCAACGCACAGUGCAUUAUUCUCUUUUCGCACGGUGCAAACUCAAAAAUAGCCGUUUGCACGGUGCAAAUCAAGAAAAAAAACUGAAUGCACGGUGCAAAAAAUCGGGGAUUUUGUGCACGGUGCGAUCCACGACAAUUGUCCAUGCACUUUAUGAGAAUACUGAUAUAAAAAAUGUAUUAAAAAUAAUUUGUUUCAGCGCUCAAAGAAGCACAGAUAAUGCGAGAUGAAAACACGUUGAUCUACAGUCUCCAGAACGCCGGUGUUCUCUAUCAUACAGUUACCUUCGAUGGCGGCGAAACAGUGCACCCGGGACAAGUUAUUAUGGUAGGAAAGAGAAUUAAUUCUGAGCCGCUGGCAACACAUCUUUCACAAAACCGGGCUUUUUCAAAAAACAUUGUUUUAUUGGAACAGGGAUACUUUUUGAUACCAAAUUCCGCUUCAGCUCUGUUGUGGGCCGUUUUUUUUCUCCAGGGAAAUAACUAUCGGUCUGUCGGGAAAAUAAUGUGGAUUCGUAGCGACUUGAAAUUGCAGCGAAACAGAAGGGGAUUGGCGCGACUAAUCCACAUUAUUUUCCCGACAGACCGGAAGGCUCAGCACUUGCGGUACUGCCCUUUACUUUAAACCAUAAAAUUUGGUUAACUCCUAGGGCGGAGGUCGAAAAAACGAACUUAUCUCAGCCUGUCGGGAAAAUAAUGUGGGUUCGCCAGGACGUUGGAAUCGCCCAUUUUUGCGUUGCGACAGCUAGCUGGAGAUUUGGUGCGCAACUGUGCGACAUUUCUUUUGCUACGACAAAUCCACAGUAUUUUUCCGACAGACUGAAAAUUGUUUCUGUGGGGACAAAACCGAGCAAACUCCUCAGCCCCCGGACACCCCUGGCAAUCAACAAAACAAGCCUUAACUCCAUUUUUUUCAGCUAGAAAAGAGCAUAAUCUCGCUGCUGGAAACCUCCGCCGACCCCAACCUCAGAUUGGUGGAAGGCCAGUGUGUGGUGACAAAAACCGUCGCACCGGGCGAUGUGCUGACAUUGGAAGUGCCGCAAGCGGACUCGGACGCCCGUUCCGAGGCGGCUAGUACGCCAAUCAAAGAAGCGCACGAUCUUGGGCAGUUUGCGGUGUCGCAGUUGCUCCAAAAACAAAGCCGACGGCAUGUGAUGAGCUUGGAAGGUGGGUUGAGAAAAACGCAAUUUUUUGACUUUAAUUUUAAAUUUUUUCAAAAAAAAAAAAAAAAAAAAAAAAAAAAAAUCGAAAUUUCAAAAAAAAAAAUUAAAAUAAUUAAAAAUUUCAAAAAAAAAAUCAAAAAUUUUUAUCAUUUCAGACACAAUGUCGCCUCCCGAGCUCCCCUCGGAACAAGGAUUUCAAUGCGAACGGUGUGGGAAGAUGUUUUCCUACGCCUAUUACCGCGACAAACACCUCAAGUACACGAGAUGUGUCGAUAACGGCGAUCGGAAAUUCCCGUGCUCACUUUGCAAUCGCUCCUUCGAAAAGAGGGAUCGGCUGAGGAUCCAUAUUCUUCAUGUUCAUGAGAACCAUCGACCGCAUGUGUGCAAUAUUUGCGGGAAAGCGUUUUCACAGUCCAGCAGCUUGAAUAAGGUGAGGAAAAAUGAAAAAAAAUUGAAAAAAAUGAAAAAAAAAAAUAAAAAAAAAAAAUGAAAAAAAUCAAACUUUUUAAAAGUUUUAACAUGAAUUUCAACUUUUUUAGAGCCUUGUGGACCACAUUGAACCAAUUAUUACAAAUUUCAAUAGGUUUCAUAAAGUGCAUGGACAUUUUCUCGCGGUCCGCACCGUGCACAAGAACCCCCAUUUCGCACCGUGCAUCCCACUUUUUUCUUGGUUUUCGCACAGUGCAUCAAAAUAUCGCAGCGACAAAAGCAAGUUUGAACUUUGUCGCUGCGGCGGCGCCGGGAUUUUGCACUGUGCAAACGGCCUUUUUGUGGUUUGCACUGUACGAAAAGAGAAAAAUGCACUGUGCAUUGGCGACAAGCGUGGGAAAAAGUUCAAAUGCACUCGAUUUUUUGCACCGUGCAUUUCACUUUUUUUUGGUUCUGCACCGUGCAAGCGGUUUUUUUGUGGUUUGCACUGUGCGAAAACAGAAAAAUUCACUGUGCGUUGGCGACAAGCGUGGGAAAAAGUUCAAAUGUACUCGAUUUUUUGCACCGUGCAUUUCACUUUUCUUUUUUAAUUUUGCACAGUGCAAACGGCCUUUUUGUGGUUUGCACAGUGCGAAAAGAGAAAAAUGCACUGUGCAUUGGCGACAAGCGUGGGAAAAAGUUCAAAUGCACUCGAUUUUUUGCACCGUGCAUUUCACCUUUCUUUUUCGAUUUUGCACAGUGCAAACGGCCUUUUUGUGGUUUGCACAGUGCGAAAAGAGAAAAAUGCACUGUGCAUUGGCGACAAGCGUGGGAAAAAGUUCAAAAUGCACUGUGCGAAAGAGAAAAAAUGUCCAUGGAGUUUAUAAAAAUACUAUUUAGCAUAAAUUAGAACAUUUUCAUUUUUUCAAAAAAAAAAAAAAAAUUUUUUUCAGCACCUCCGAGUCCAUUCCGGUGAGCGGCCCUACAAAUGUCCCUACUGCACCAAAUCCUUCACGGCCAGCUCAAUCCUGCGGACCCACAUCCGACAACACAGCGGAGAGAAGCCGUUCAAAUGUACCUUCUGCGGGAAGUCGUUCGCUUCCCACGCGGCUCACGACAGCCAUGUGCGCCGCACACACACCACGCUGGACUCGUCGUUCAACUGCGCUCGAUGCGACAAGCGUUUCGAGACCGAAGAGCACUUGGUCUUCCAUUUGGAAUGCGUUCAUCGGGGGCAGAAAACACCCUGA